UAGGAAUUCCAUAAUUCAUAUAUAAUUGGAAAUAUUGUUGAUCAAUAUUUGUUUCAAUAUUAAAAAGUAUCUAUUUGUUAGCUGAACAGGAUGGAGCAUGUCUAUAUUGUGGUUCAAAUAGAAAAUGAGCACGAAAUACAUAAACCAGACAAAACCAUGGUAAUUGAUAAUACAAUUGUGCAACAACCGCAAAGUGCUGGCACUAGUACUAAUUCAAGAAUAGAGUUACUCGAUUAUAAGACAUUACGGUUGAAUCUAAAAAAAUCCUCCAAUAUGAAAAAAGGUAAUAAGAUGUAUUUUGAUUUGGUGACCUUAGCAACGGAAGAUUGCUUUUCAAUUGAAUUUCAACAUUUAAUGGAUGAUUUCUUGCUUCAACGUCACAAUUGCUGUUUUAUACACUUCACCACACAACGCAUUUGGCAAUUAAAGCUCGUUUACCAUCGUUUUAUACAAGAAGUUAACAAACGCUUGGAAAGAUUGAGUGCAACAGUUACUACCAUCAGAGUAGAUUAUGAAGACAUAGCAAAAAUCAAUACCAACGCUAAACAAAAACGAAAGAAUUCACGCGCUACUCAGCAAUUUCAUGUAUUCAAAACCACUCAAGAAUUGUUGGCGUGGCUUCUGAAUGACCAGUACGUUUUAUGGAACAACGGAAAAGGUCAUUUGUUCAUUAAUUUUACAUUUACAAUUGUUAUUCAACAGAGUAAACCGCUGAAACUAGAAUUUGCGUUAUUUGAAAUAUACGUAGAUAUGUUGGAUCGACUUGAACGUUUGAAGUGGAGAAGCUAUGUAAGUCAACUCGGAAGAUGCAAUAAUUUCCGCUUUCUGCACUCUGAUUUCACACACCUUCUGAAUAAUUAUUUAGAAGGUUCGAAUGAAACGCGUGGGCGCACCUUAUGUUUGUUUAAUGUUCCAGUAAAAGAAAAUGCUGUUUCAGAUACAGUGGAUAUAUUGAAUAUUGCCGAUGCAUUGUUUAAACGACGAAAUCAAGCUAAUUUGAAUUUCAAAAAGUUCAAAUCAAAGGCAAAUGUGUUCCAACGACAAACAACGGAAGAUGAAGCACAUCACUCCGAAACUUUUUGUCUGGAUACGAGUAUUUCUGUUCAAUCCCCAUACAUGCCAACAAAAAGUUUUGAACAAUUUGACAUAAGUUGUUUGUCUGCUUGGUACCGUGGCAUUGAUGAAAAGUUUACUAAUUUGCGCAUCGACAUGAAUACAUAUUUGGUGCAAUGUCACGAAGAUCAUGUGAAGAAAAUGUGCAAUGAUAUCAAAUUUAUAUCACAAGACAUAAAUAUGGAUCAUGAAAAUAACAAAUCAAUGAAAAUGAUUACAGCGCAAGACAAUAAUAAAGCUGAUGAAUCUUAUAGGAUUUAUAAAAAUGCAAGUGAACAUUUAAAAGAACUGUCCGAGGAUAUUAAGCACACACAAUAUAGCAAGUUCCUAGAGGCGUACCUGAAAACUAAACAGUUCGAAUUGGAAGGUUAUGUUAGAAGGAAUAAAAUAAAGCAACUGAUGCAGCUUUCUGACAUAAUAAGUAAUGAGCUAUGUAAGCUUAAUAGCAGUCUUCCUGAAAAACUACCCUAUUAAUUAAUUAUUCUAUUAUUAA